AUGUCUGACCUCGUUUCGUGUUUCUUCGGUUUCUCCCUAGCGAUGUUAAUCCUCCGCAUGCUCAAGAACUCCCAUUAUAAUGCUGUAAGCUCACUACUCUUCACCUCGUCAUGCUAUGUCUUAUCAGGAAACGAAUCGACUUGGGGUGCAGCUCAAGUUUUGCUUUUUCGGUGCUCAUUUUCUACUGAUUCGAGUAUUAGCAGUUUUUAUGGAUUUUUCAAUGGGGAGAAAGUUGGGAAAAUUAUUAAAGAGGAUAGAUGGGAUGAUUUUCAGCUGUUGAGGUUAUUUGAAUCGAAGUUGGCCCCUGUUUGGGUGUCCAAGAUGUUGAUAGAGCUGAAAAAUGAUCCUUUAUUGGCUUUCAAAUUGUUCCGAUGGGCCGAAUCACGAAACGGAUUUCAUCACACGACCGAAAAUUUCUGCUUGAUUGCUCAUAUUUUGUUCUGUUCGAAAAUGUACUCGGAUGCCCACAAUGUUCUUACACGACUAGUUACUCUACAUAAAAAUAGUGAAAAUGGCACCGAAAUUUUUUCUUGCUCUACUGUCAUUGAUGUUCUUUGGUCGACCAGGAACGUUUGCUUUCCUAAUUACGGUGUAUUUGAUGUGUUAUUUACCGUAUUUGUCGAGUUGGGGUUGCUAGAGGAAGCUAGGGAGUGUUUCUUGAAUAUGAGAAAAUUCAGAGUUAUUCCGAAACUGUGGUCUUGUAAUAUUCUUCUGCAGAAAUUUUCGAAAGCAGAAAAAGGGGUCUCGGCAAAAAAGUUCUUUACUGAUAUGGUUGGGGCUGGAAUUAGCCCGUCGAUUUAUACUUACAACAUAAUGAUUGGUCUUUUUUGCAGAGAAAAGGAUUUAAAAGCAGCAAGAACCUUGUUUGCUAGAAUGAAGGAAGUAGGCAUAACGCCCGAUAUUGUUACUUAUAACUCUCUUAUAGAUGGAUAUGGAAAAAUCGGCCAACUGUGUGAGGCGAUUUGUAUAUAUGAGGAGAUGAAAACGGUGAACUGCUCUCCCGACAUAAUUACGUACAAUACAUUGAUUAACUGUUUUUGUAAAUAUGAGAAUUUGCCGAAGGCCUUUGAAUACCUUAGAGAGAUGAAGGAAAGGUUUAUUAGACCGAAUGUCGUGACUUACAGCACGUUCAUCGAUGCUUUUUGCAAAGAAGGAAUGUUAAAUCAUGCUAUUAAGUUUUUUGUGGAUAUGAGGCGAGUAGGACUCUCUCCUAACGAAUUCACAUAUACUUCUCUUAUCGAUGCUAGUUUUAAAUCAGGAAAUGCAGAUAAUGCCAUUAAGUUUGUGAAGGAAAUGCUUGAAGCUACUGUAAGGUUAAAUAUUGUGACAUUUACGGCUUUAAUCGAUGGUUUAUGUGAAGGCGGGAAAAUUAAGGAAGCCGAAGAGAUUUUUGAGGUUAUGAUUAGAGAAGGGUUGGUAGCUAACGAGAAAAUAUACACGGCUCUCAUGCAUGGAUACAUUAAAUCCGGAAAAAUAGACGAUGCAUUGAAGAUUUUGGGGAAAAUGAAAGAAAAUAAAAUCGUGCCCGAUUUAGUUUUCUACGGGACGUUAGUUUGGGGGCUUUGUAAUGCAAGGAGAUUCGAAGAGGUCGACUCGUUGUUGGACGGAAUGAAGGAAAAUAAAUUCGAGGCUAGCGAAGUAAUUUACACGACGCUUAUAGAUUCCUAUUUCAAGGCAGGAAAAGUUGAAGAAGCACGAAAGUUGCUCGAUGAAAUGCGCAAAAAAGGUAUGGGCCCUACAGCCGUGACUUACGGCUCGUUGAUUAAUGGUUUAUGCAGAUUGGGAUUUGUUGAGGAAGCAAUUGGUUAUUUCAAUAGUAUGAAAAGUUCUAAUUUGCAGCCUAAUGUUGUGAUUUACACGUCGUUAGUUCACGGGCUGUGCAAAAACGGACGCGUAGAGGAUGCUAAAAGGAUUUUUUCAGAAAUGACCGAAAAGGGCUUGAUCCUUGAUGUAAUUGCUUACACGUCGUUGAUUAUGGGGACUAUAAAGCAAGGAGAUUUUCAGGAGGCUUUCGAACUUGUAAAGAGAAUGAGUGAAGAUGGGUUGGAUUUGGAUCUUCAUGCGUACACUUGUUUAAUUUCGGGGCUCUCCAAAUGCGGUAGGGUUAAGGAAGCUAAGGAUUUGCUUUCUGAGAUGAUUGAAAAGGGAAUUGAGCCAGAUGAAGUUGUUUACGGCUGUCUUAUUCAUAAGUACAAUGAGCUUGGCAAGAGGGAAGAAAGCGAGGCCUUGCUGAAUGAGAUGGUGGAGAAAGGUCUCAGCAGUAUUAAAAUUUAA